UGAAACGUCUAAGUGAGAUAGAUGGCAACAACACUACCAGUCUACCACCAACACUAUCAAUCACUUAGGUUUAAAUGAGAGAAAGAAUUGACCCCUAAACCCCAAUAAUUACACAAAACUACAAACAAAAAAACACAUCUUUUUUAACUUUGUUCCAAAGCUUCAACACCCCCAAUCAUAUCACCACUGCUUAAAGAUAUGAUCCAAACAGCCCAGAAGACAUGCAAAAACUACAACAACAAUAACAAUAAUCCUGGGUGUUUCUUCUGCACCAUGGCUGAACCAGAUCCAUCUGCAAGAAGAUCCAGAAUAGCCAAAUGCUUUAGAGAAUUGCCUCUCAGAGAUGACAAAGAGCUGAUGAUCAUCCUAACUGGUGUCUGGAGAAUUGCUGUGGCUAAGCCCGAUGACCCCGAGUUCCCGGCCCUAGGGCUCUUCCCUUGCAUGGCUAAGCUCAUCAUCAAUGACAGAAACUGCAAUAAUAUGUCCAUCCCAUACUAUGCAGCUCACAUCAUUGGCUCCUACACUAUGAACUCCUCUGAAUUUGCAGAAAUGGCUGUGAGGGCAGGGGUUCUGACCCCAUUGAUGGAGCUUCUGAGAGGGAAGAUGAGCUGGGUUGAGCAGAGAGUUGCAGUGAGAGCACUUGGCCACAUUGCCAGCCACCGAGCCACGUUUAAGGCCGUGGCAGCAGCCCACGAAUCGGAGAUCGUAAAUUUAGCCAUGAAGAUUGCCUCUAACUGCAUAGAAACAGUGUACAAUGAGUUUGUGAAGAUGGGGAGUGAGGGGAGAAUGGAAUACCAGUGUGAAUUAAUGGGAAAAGGGGUUGGGGGAUUGGAAUUGCAGAACAAGAAAGCAGAAGCCUGGGCUACCCAGCUUCAAAGCUGGUCUCUUUACCUCCUCAACUGUUUUGCCAGAAAGAAAAGAUCAAUCAAUCUGAUCUGCAACCAAGAAUUCCUGACAGAACUCAGCUCCAUCUGGGGAGGACUUGAAAACCAGAAUUCAUUUUCUGGAAUUUGCCUAAUCAGAACCCUUUGUCUCACCCAAAACGGAAGAGAAAGCAUAGCUAACUCCCCUCAUCUCCUCAAAACCCUCUGCAAUCUCUCAAGAUCCUCAGAUGAUUCCCAAAUAAAAGCCAUCAAAAUCCUGCUAUCACUUCUCCAGGAUCCCAAUACAAGACCCAAAACACUGCAAAUUUCUGCGCCAUUUCUCGUCGAUUUAGUAGAACUCAGAGCCAUCAGAGGAAGAUCAAAGCUAGGCGAUCAGAUCGCAGAGCUUCUCUUGCAAGACUACGCCAAGUUUAAGGUUGAAAAAUCUGGGUCACUGGGCGAGGGAAUUUCGCCUUUUCUGGAAGAGGCAUGGGAGUUGAAGGUGGGAAGAAGAAAACCAGACGAAUUAAUGUCCGAACGGGAACUAAAGCAGAGGAGAGUAAUGGUUUCCAUGCUGAAGAAAGAAGGGAACCAGAAAUUCUGGGCAGGGAGAGUUGCAGAAGCGGUAGUAAUUUACAAGAAAGCUCUGGAUUUGUGUCCAUUGAAACUGAGAAAAGAGAGAAUCGUUCUUCACAGUAACAGAGCCCAGUGUUUCUUGAUCCAAGGAGAAGCAGAAUCCGCCAUUAGAGACACAACGCGAGCUCUGUGCUUAUCAGGGCAAACCAAUAAUCCCCACCUGAAAAGCUUGUGGAGAAGAUCGCAGGCGUUUGAUAUGAAAGGGAUGGGCAGAGAGAGCUUGAUGGACUGCAUGCUGUUCAUUAACGACAAGGGGAGGAGAGGCAUGAAGAUCCCCUACUACGCCAUCCGAAUGUUGAACAAGCAGAUGAAUGCCACGUGGAUUUUCGCCGCCGCCGCCGCCGCGGCGGCGGCGAAUGAUGAAACGCAGAGGCCCAUCGUUUUCUUUGAAAAUGGUAAGACGAAAGAGGAGGAGAAGAAGAAGAAGAAAUUCAUGGAUGGUAAGCUGGAAAAACUGAUUGGAAAUGGCGUGCAUCAAAAGAAAGGGCUAUGGAGGAGGAUUAGCAUCAAGAAAAACAACGGAUUGGAUCGCCGGAGCUCUGUAGAUUUCUAGAUUUAUUAUACGUUGGCCGUGAAUUAUACUGGUAUAGUAGUGUUAUUUAGUGAUGUAAGAUUUACUCCGACAUACAUUUUCGACUAAAGAUUGCACCAUUAAUCUUCA